ACCGCACGAUGUCUGGGACAGUGUAGUGUGGUGUGUGGCGGUGUGCGGACGUGUCACUUCCACAAUAACAGCUGGCCAACCAUCUCCCCUCCCCUCAACCACCUGGCCUUAAAGCAUCCUUCUCAACGCCUGAGACUAGCUCAACAAGUGUGUAUUUGCUGGAUAGUUUAAUAGUGGUGAAAAACACGCGUGUGUCACUGAGUUUAGUAAAAAAAAGUUUUUACUGAAGAACCUUAAAUGUUAGGGGGCAUUACAUUAAAUGCGCCCUUAAAUAUCCUAAGGACAUUGACAGCGCCACACCAGAUAUUUACAAAAUAAACCAAUAAGUGUAAUAUUAUGUUUCUUCGUAAAAUGUUUGAAAGUGUCUGAGAACUCUUUAUACUGUAAGUGCAUAUAAAGUGAACAAGCAUGUGGCUACAUUGUAGUUUGUUGUAUGUUAUCGAAAGCCAUUAGUAGAAUCAAUUCUGCAAUGCUGCAAACAAUAUCAAACGUUUAGUAAUUUUUGUAAAUAGAGCGCUGAGAGGAUAGUUAUGUAAUAUAAAAUAAUAAUGUUUUAAGUAGAAAUAUACAAUACACCUUUUCGAAGUACUAAAUCUAUUCAACAAGGAAAAUUGUGCGUCAAAGUUGACGAAAGAAUGAGUUAAACUAGUCGCUGGACACUGACAACACCUGCGAACAAGGGCAAGUUCUGUAUCGUCUGCAUUGAUUAAACAUCACCACGAGAACAUCGGCCUUGAGCUGCAUAUUGAGGAGGAGUAUGGCAAGACUGGGUGAGAGCAGCGACAUCAAGAUGGUGAGGGUGGCGACGUUGUUCGUCAUGGCACUGUUGCUACAACUCGCCACUACCACGCCUACAGACUCCAUCCUUUCAACCACCCUCACACCAGAAGUAGAAGAAGAAGACUUGGCCGCCAGCAGUGUCGCGCCUGAAGAUGAGGGGGAACUGGUAGUGUCCAUGGGCAGCCCCUACUGCAAUUGGAAGAUCGUCAUGGGCCCCGUCUGUGUCUACAACGACACCAACCAGCUGGUGGUGGUGCCAGCUGGACUACGCCUUACCAUGGGCCAGCUGGAAGUGGAGAUCCAUGAGGCCAAUACGGUGCAUGUGUACCCGACGUGUGUCUCCUGGAUACAGAUCUUCAACGCUGGCCUCGUCAACACUCUGCCCUCAAAGGAGGAGAUGCACUGCAGGACGUGGCUGAGGAUCUACAAUUCCAGGGUGGACACAGUGGCCCAUGGAGUCAAGGAUCUCACCAUCGUAGACGCUCAGGUUAACACCAUCAAUCUCGUCGACCAAAGGGACUUCAUGGCAAUCAACUCGACCAUCAAAUCUAUUGAGGCUCUGGACUGGGAGGGUUAUCGCGGUACCAUACUAAACACGUCCAUCCAGCGCGUGAGUCAUGUGGUGGCCAAAGACAGCUGGCACAUGGUAGAGAGUCACUUGGGCUACGUCACAACUGAUGGCAUGCGGUUUGAUGCUCGUGAGAUGUCAGUGAUCAACAGCACCAUCUCACACAUGGCUCCAUAUGCCUUCACAAUCGUCAGCGGUGCCGUUUCCCUCAUCAAUGUCACUAUCGACUUCCUGGAGACUAUUGCCAUUGUGAUGACGAGUCCAUCGGGGUUUCUGGCUCUCACCAAUGUGACCAUCGUGACGGCCAUGACUCCAUGCAUCGUGCUGCCGGAUAAAGAGAGAAUAAGCAUCAGUAACGUCACCAUAGGGGGCGUCCCUCUCAAUAUCACCUCCCCAUACUUGAAGUACCGCGACGAAGAAAUUAUCUCCAAGGACUCAAACAUCAAGGUAGCGAGUGAGCGUAAGGGAUGUUCAACCAACGACACCACCAUGACCUGCGACUUUGCCAACGUUAACGAGACCAUCGAGGUGCAGGGGGAGAACAUCCAGGGCUACAGUGUGGUGGACAUACGCAAUGCGCGCCGACUGCAGGUGAUGUCUACCUCCUGCGGGGUGAAACUCCAUUUGAACCGCGUCACCGCCACCCUUCCUCACGUCACCCCCGUCACUUCGGAGUCCCACUGCAGCCUCGCCCUCAGGGUUUGGCAGUCACAACUGGACGUGGUCUCUGUCAAGCACAUAAAGACCAUGAACGUCUCCCACAGCAGCAUCAACAGGUUGCACGGCGGCCAGCUGGAGAACUUAGUGCUGAUCAACACCACGGUGGAGAAAUUGGACGGGUUGACGUUGACGGGGCUGGGAGGCUUCUGGCUGAACACCGAGGUGGGUUCCAUGUUCAACCUCACUAUCAGGGCCGCCUUCGUCGCCAAUGACCUACAUAUACGCAACAAGGUAGAAGAGGGAUGGUUGACGGUGGACCACGUGAACAAAACAAGCAUGAUAACGCUAAUUAGGGUGUCAAGGCUGGAACGGAAGAGCGUGGUGGUGCGUAAGGGCAGUACUCUUGUCAUUACCGAUAUACUGUGUACCUCAGCAGCCAAGGAGGCCAUUUACGUGGAGGUUGGUGGCAUGCUCAAAAUAGUGAGACCCGGGUUCCUCCUGCCUUCUUUCGGCGUUAUCUCCGUCGCUACAAGGGACCAGGUGAUGGCCCGUCAUUCAGAAGGGGUGCUGAUCCACGUCAGGAGGCCGACACCCACCGUCGACGACCUCAGCAACCUCACCGUCACCACCAUGCACAGGUCCCCUUACUGCCGCUCCCUCCCGCUCUUCCUCCAGAUCUGCGACUUCUCACAAGCCCCAGAGGGGGUAGUGAGUGUGGACUUGGCCGAUGGACAGCUGAGCCACCGAGCCAUCAUCAGAGAGGCCGAGAGCGUCCUACUAUAUCCGUCAUGUAUUGAGAAGUUAAUCCUGAUGGAGGUGACCAACGCUACGACGGUGGAAAACGGGCGUGACUGCCAGACGUGGUUGGAGGCUACGGGUGUACAUUUUACCAACAUCACAUAUGGCGUGAAUGACGUCACCCUCAUCUCUUGCACCAUCGACCUGCUGGCCCCUGACCGCAUACUGAGGGACGUGGACGUGGAAAGCAGCAAAGUGGCCAAAGUGUCCGGGGUCCACUGGGCCGGCUACACUGGCGUCUUCAACAACUCAUACUUCGGGCAGGUGGAAGGUUUGCAGGCCGACAGUCGAAUGAUAAUGUCUAAUUCCAGUGUUGACACCUUCCUGGAAGGCGGCCUCACCAUCAUGGCUGAGGGCAUCAUCUCCAACACAACAAUCAAGGAAGUGAAAGCUGGCGGGAUUAACGUGAAGGGACUGUCUCAUAUGCAAGACGUCACCAUCGGUACACUGGCCAAGGGCGCCAUCGUGGUCACCGAAGGCUUGCUCAUGCUCUCCAACGUCAAAAUAGAGGCAGCAGACGAGGCUAGCAUAGUGGCUGAUAUAAACGGCGGCGUGUCCUUCCAAAACGUGACAGUAUCCGGCAAACAGGUGCACUGGCGUGGCUACCUCGCUGAGCCUCGCACGCCCCUCAACCAUUCCCUCAUAUUCCUCAAUAAGCCUUAUAGUGAAAGUAGCGAAAAUGUUACCCCUCAGCCGACUACAGCACCGGAAAAAAGCACCACAGUUAUGAGCAAACCAAAUAAAACAUCACCGAAAGCGUCGUCUAUGGUACAAACUCAGACGACGAUUUCUGCGGAAGGAGUCAUCAGCUCUAUCUCCCCGGAUAUGUCGGUGGCCUCUACCACCUCGUCCUGGAAGUGGGCGGGAGCGGGUAUUGGCUUCUUCUUGGGACUCAUUGCUGGCUGUUGCAUAUUUGUCACUGUCAAAGUCAUUAAGCCAAACAAGGGUCGGUUAUCAAUGCCAACAGUUUUCUGGCGAGUGAAGGAUGACCAUCACGAACUGCUGCAGGAGGAGCAGCCUACCGAAGAUCUUCCCACUGUUCGGAGGGAAGAAGAAUACCAGCCAGUCCCAGGCUCUGAUAUCUUGUAGCUUAGUGUUAGUAAACCGUAGCCCCGAAAGUUCCUAGUCUAGCAUCAGUCAUCGCCAUCGUUCCGUACUAUGGGCUUCAUCGCCAAUCAAUACCGGGGUCCAAAUUGUUCUAGCCUAGUAUCAGUUUAUCGUAUUCGGAUUCAUGGUCUCUUACCGAAAAUUAAGUCCCCCGUCGUUCAGGAUUCGAGGUCUUUGUAACAACUACAGGGGUAUUCGUCAACUUUCAUGGCAACCCUUAGACACUCCCUACUCUAAGUAUUAAUUGUCUUCCAAGGCUCCACAGCCUUCAAAACUACAAUGAAUUAAACUUUAAGGUCUUUCCAGCUGGUAUAAGUUAACUAUUUCUCUGGGCUACGAGGUUUUCUAGCCUUGCAUUAUCCAACUACUGUACACACUUUGCAGCCAAGUGUCCUUUGCAAGCUUGGCUGGAAGAUUAGACCAUCUCCGUUACUGGUUCUAAAUACUGUACAUCGUAUGGUUAAACCUGACUAGCCACUGCUGGUAUCCUAAAAUGCCCCUACUCUUACUAGUCAAAAAAUUAUAAAUUUAAAAUUAGCCCCUCCCCUAGUUUAUUUUACCUUAAGAUUAACCACCCAAAUGCCUAUCCUAACAACCUGAUCUAACCUAACCCCCAGGUAGCAUUUGGUUGGUUAAUCUUCAGUGAAAUAAAAUGUAGUGUCUAAGCAUUAGGGGGUAUUAAAAAAACCUCCUCAGCGCCAAGACACAAGGAAGUCACACUGGGAUGGUCAGCGUCUGAUUUGCGAUAUUUUGCUUCUCGUUAUCAUUAUAAAAUACUGCAGCCAACCAACCUCAACUUGCCAGUACCCUUGUUAUGUCCACUAUUUUGUUCGGUAAUAAUUAAGUCUAAAUAUUAAUAUGUUCUUGUUUUAAUUUAAUCAAGACAAUUUACCUGGUCCAGUCUGUGUGUCACUAAAGGUAAAGGAAUACUGUAGUGGAGAAGUGAUGUACAGUACAGUAUAUAUGCCAACUUGGUGAUUAAUUAAUAAGUAUAUUAUAUGCAUUUUCUAUGAUAAAUUAAGUAUACACACACCUGACAUUGUACCAAAUAAUACAAAAAACAAUAAAAAUUUACACAAAACAUUCAUGAUAACACAUAGAACACUAAACAUAUAUUGUACAUAUGGAGUAAAGUGUAAACGAAUAAAAUACUUAAUAAAA